AUGCGCGUCUCCACUACCUUCGCCCUCGUGGCAGCCAUUGGCGCAGCUUCGGCACAGGACAUUGAGCGAGACGACAUCCCCUCUGCUUGCGCUUCCAUCUGCAACCCCGUUGCAGACCGCUCGUCGUACUGCGACCAGCAAAACAACAAUGACAACGACAACGCUGAGGUGCAGUGCAUUUGUAAUGGCGACAACAUGCAGAGGUUCAUCCCUCAGUGUCAGGCCUGCAUUGCGCAGAACAGUAAUGACGACGAUGAUGACGUCAACGAGCUCCUCCGAGCCUGCGGCUUCAGCACGACCACCUACACCGGCAGCCUAACCGUGAGCUCUGCCUCGCCAACCACGACUGUCUACACUACGACCCAGACCGAAACGGACCGCGAAGAUGGCGAGGUCGAGACCGACACCGACGUGGUAACCUCGACGAUCUUCGGCUCGCAGGGCGGUUCGAACGGCACAGCUGUCGUUUCGGCCACGCCUAGCCAGACUGUUGUGCAGACCACCGACAGCGAGGGACAGACUACUGAUGUCACGUCGACGGUCACGCCGACUCGCAACCUGCAGCAGACUGGUGCUGGGUCCAACGACAACGACAACGACGGUGGUUCAUCGUCGACUUCGGGGAAUGCUGCGGCGGUGAUGACUGCUGCGCCUGUGUUUGGUGCUUUUAUGGCUGCGCUGGCGGCGUUGUAG